CAGAGUCUCAUUUCGAAGAAAGUCGCGAGGAAGUUGUAGAAGAUAACCAAACACCGGUUAUAAAAAGGUUGUGCCAUGAAGAAAAUAUUAGAAGUUCUGUUGACAAGAGACUGGAUAUUUACUGCAAUGUAAACUAUGUUGUUGAAUUGAUUGGGAAGAGACUGAAUGAUGAUGAGCUGAACAAGUUCAAAACAACAACAUUCGGAAGCAUUGUUGAAACUCCCGAUGUGAAAUGGAUAAGUGGACAAUUGUUGAUAUGCCUUGUUGGAAGCCAUGUAACUGAAGUAAAUGACAAUGUCAUUAAGGGCAUGCUUCUAUUCCACAUACAAAACAGGCUUGUGAGUUUCACAAAAAGAGGAUUUUGUUAUCAUAACUAGUCUACGGUUGGAAGGAGCAAAAGAUAUUGAAGACUUUGAAGAAGGUGACAUUUG